UUUUUUCUUUUUUUAAAUGGCGCUGGCCCCGGGUCAGCGGGCGGAUUUCUUUGCACCAAGAUGGGCUUUGCGGUUUCCGUCGUGGGCACCCGUGGUGGCUUGAUUGUCAGUCCUCUCCGGGCAUUUUUGAGGCCAGGAACCGAGCGCUGCACGUAAGCGACUCGCCCUCCGGAGCGGCUGGGCGUUUCGGAUUGUGACUUGGGGGGCAGAGCGCAGUGGAUCGCGAGCACCGCGUGCUCUCUGCAAAACCGGCGGCGAGCCGGAGGCGGGUCGCUCCCAGGGUGAAACCGCUCCCGGACUGAGCGAGCCCGGCCCCGUGCGCAGUGCAGCGGCCCCGAGAGCUGGUCCUGUCCCCGCCGCGCCGGGAAAAUGGAGGCGGUGAUCGAGAAGGAAUGCAGCGCGCUUGGAGGCCUCUUCCAGACCAUCAUCAGCGACAUGAAGGGGAGCUAUCCAGUUUGGGAAGAUUUCAUAAACAAAGCCGGAAAGCUGCAGUCACAGCUGCGGACAACAGUAGUAGCAGCAGCUGCCUUCUUGGACGCCUUUCAGAAAGUGGCUGACAUGGCCACCAACACACGUGGUGGUACCCGGGAGAUUGGCUCGGCGCUCACCCGGAUGUGCAUGCGGCACAGAAGCAUCGAGGCCAAGCUGAGGCAGUUCUCCAGUGCGUUGAUUGAUUGCCUGAUAAACCCGCUUCAAGAACAGAUGGAAGAAUGGAAGAAAGUGGCCAACCAGCUGGACAAGGACCAUGCAAAAGAGUAUAAGAAAGCUCGCCAGGAGAUAAAAAAGAAGUCCUCUGACACGCUGAAACUGCAGAAGAAGGCGAAGAAAGUGGAUACUCAGGGGAGAGGUGACAUCCAGCCUCAGUUGGACAGUGCCCUCCAGGAUGUCAACGAUAAGUAUCUCCUGUUGGAAGAGACGGAAAAGCAGGCUGUGCGGAAAGCGCUGAUCGAAGAACGCGGCCGGUUCUGCACUUUCAUCUCCAUGCUGCGGCCUGUGAUCGAGGAAGAGAUCUCCAUGUUAGGAGAAAUCACUCACCUUCAGACCAUAUCAGAAGACCUGAAGAGCCUGACCAUGGACCCUCACAAACUGCCCUCCUCGAGUGAACAGGUGAUUUUGGACUUGAAAGGUUCUGAUUACAGCUGGUCCUAUCAGACACCACCCUCCUCGCCCAGCACUACCAUGUCCAGAAAGUCAAGUGUCUGCAGCAGUCUGAACAGUGUCAACAGCAGUGACUCCCGGUCCAGCGGCUCCCAUUCCCAUUCCCCCAGCUCGCAUUACCGCUACCGCAGCUCCCACCUGGCACAGCAGGCACCCGUGAGGCUGUCCAGCGUGUCCUCCCAUGACUCAGGAUUCAUAUCCCAGGACGCCUUCCAGUCCAAGUCUCCGUCCCCCAUGCCACCUGAAGCUGCCAACCAGUUGUCUAAUGGGUUUUCUCACUUUAGUUUAUCAAGUGAGUCCCAUGCAGGGCCCGUGGGUGCAGGCCCUUCCCCUCAUUGCCUGCCUGCCUCCCGCCUGCUCCCUCGGGUCACCUCUGUCCACCUUCCUGACUACGCUCAUUAUUACACCAUUGGGCCCGGCAUGUUCCCGUCAUCUCAGAUCCCUAGCUGGAAGGACUGGGCAAAGCCAGGACCCUACGACCAGCCACUGGUGAACACCCUCCAGCGCCGCAAAGAGAAACGGGAGCCAGACGCCAAUGGGGGCGGACCCACUAGUACAGGAGGGCCGCCUGCAGCUGUGGAAGAGGUGCAGAGACCGAGGAGCAUGACUGUGUCAGCUGCCAGCAGGCCCGGUGAGGAGAUGGAGGCCUGUGAGGAACUGGCGCUUGCCCUGUCCCGGGGCCUCCAGCUAGACACGCAGAGGAGCAGCCGAGACUCACUGCAAUGCUCCAGUGGCUACAGCACUCAGACCACCACCCCGUGCUGUUCCGAGGACACCAUCCCCUCCCAAGGUACGAGGCGCCCAGCUUGCCGUCCGGCUUUCCGGGCGGCUCCAGUUUCAGAUUAUGACUACUUCUCCGUGAGCGGCGACCAGGAGGCAGAUCAGCAGGAGUUUGACAAGUCCUCCACCAUCCCACGGAAUAGUGACAUCAGCCAGUCUUACAGGCGGAUGUUCCAGGCUAAGCGUCCAGCCUCAACUGCUGGCCUUCCCACCACCCUCGGACCCGCUAUGGUCACACCAGGGGUGGCGACCAUCCGACGGACCCCUUCCACCAAGCCUUCUGUCCGUCGGGGGACCAUUGGAGCUGGUCCCAUCCCCAUCAAGACACCAGUGAUCCCUGUCAAGACCCCAACUGUCCCAGACCUCCCUGGGGUUUUGCCAUCCCCUCCAGAUGGGCCAGAGGAGCGGGGUGAGCAUAGCCCUGAGUCUCCCUCUAUGGGGGAGGGACCCCAGGGUGUUGCCAACAUACCCUCUUCCUUGUGGAGUGGCCAAGCCUCUGUCAACCCUCCACUUCCAGGCCCAAAGCCCUGUAUACCUGAGGAGCACAGACAGGCGAUUCCAGAGAGCGAGGCUGAAGACCAGGAGAGGGACCCCCCAAGUGCCACUGUCUCCCCAGGCCUGAUUCCAGAGAGUGACCCUGCAGACCUGAGCCCGAGAGAAAGCCCUCAGGGAGAAGACAUGCUGAAUGCCAUCCGAAGGGGUGUGAAGCUGAAGAAGACCACCACCAACGAUCGCUCAGCCCCUCGCUUCUCUUAGGCUCUCAGAGUUCCCAGGAAGUGCUGCCAGUGGGGAACGAACUCUUUCAUUAAUAAAACCUAAUUUGUCUGAUCCAUUCCAGUCUAUAAUCAAGCAAAAGAUUUUGUAGGCAAUUCGGAAUUCUGCUUUUUUCAAAGUAUUCAUCUUUAGAUAAGAAUUAAAAAGCAACAUGUAAUUGACAUAAUCUUGAUCUUUUAAUUUGUAAAUAUUGACAGUUUCUUUCUGCAUAUUUUAAUCUUAGUUUCCCUUUUGAUUUUUCUGAAGGUGCCAAAUUCCAUUUAACUUUUUUACAAGUCUUUGUAAAAUUUUAAAUGCAUAAAGGGGAGGGGGCGGGUUGGGACUGGGAACCUCCGAGUAAUUUCACAAAAGGAUUACAUACUUAUUCUUUUUCUUCCCUCAAGCUUUUGUAGAUGCAUUGUAGUCGUCUAGUUUAGAAGCAAAUUCAAGUUAUUUUAAUGGACAAAUACAAUGGAUAAGGGGUAAAGCCCUCAUCCACGUAUACUGUGUUCUGGAUGAGAAAGGCAGGAAUAACAAUUGAGCAAUAUGCAGAGAAGUAAACCCGGACAUGGUGGACUGUGUUGGGAUUGGGGGGAGGGCUGUGGGAGGGGCACACUGUCAACUUAGCCAAUCCUGUUACAUUUAAGAGUAGCCUUGUAGGUUGAAUUUCCAGUAGCUUCAUGGUUAACGCAUCCGAAUAAGCCAUACUAGAUUGCAGUGUUUGUUUCUGUAGGGUUUUUAAGGACUUCCUUUCUCCCAGCAUUCCUCUUGACCGCACAUAGCACCCACAUCCAGUCCCGCGCAUGCUGCUGCCACAGGUAGACAUAGACCCCUAUUACUUUCUCGUCUCUUAUACUCACUUCCACUAAAUCCAAUACAUCCAAAGGGGUAAGGCAAUUCAGAAAACGUGAAAACAUUUUAAAAUGAUAGCAGGGAAUUCUUAGAUAUAGAAAAUGCCUUUUACUUAACUGUGCCCAGCAGGCUGGGUACCUUAAAAAGCCCAGAUAUUUUGAAGAAAAAAAAAAAAAAACUCAAACAGAUUUAUCAAGGGUAACCAGCUUGGAGUCUAGCAAUUUGCCAAUGUGCUUACCAAUCAGGGGGCUUGUUUUUCUUCCAUUCCAUAAAUAAGGGCAGUUGAUUGGCUUCUAAACACCGGAGCGAGGAGGAUUUAUUUACUGUCAAUGGGAGUCUGAUCUCUAGUCAGGCAAUGUUUUUUUUCUUCUUUUUUAAAUGGGUCUUUUAUUUUAAAGUGGAAGUUGAAUUUGUUACAAUGCCCAUCCCUAAAGUCAACAGAGAUAUUUGUAGAUGUCAAGGAAUCAUGUUGAAGACAGCCGUGUUUAAAAGGCCAGGCCCUUGGCAGUCCAGUGGCUGACAGUCCACUUUUGACUUUGUAGGACAAGAAGCUCUGCAGAUCUCUGUUGGCUCUGACCUCCGAUGACGUAAGCUUAUACUUUAAUACAUAACCACAUUGGAUGUGCGAGUACCGUUCCUCUAGUCAUUGUUCUAUAUAUUAACGUUGAACACUGCUGUGAUUGCUCCAAGGACAUUUUAUGUUAUGGCUUUAAAGCAAAGGCAUGAUUAUUAGAAAUGACUUAAGCUCUUUUCUUUGAAAAACAAGCUCCUUUUACACACUAUAAGCAAACAGUAGUGCCUGUGGUUUAGCCCACCAAUCUUGAUGACUCAGCGUAGCUGAUGCAUUGUGCAUAUGAUGCUUGAGAGGGUUUUUGCAGAUGCAGAAAUCGCUGCAAGGUCAUUCUAAUAGAUACAAGUGGUAUUUUAAACCUUUGAAAGGAAUGGAUGUAACUGUACGUUGGUACAGCUUUCACUUGUUUAGUUUUUAAACGUUAGUAUAAUCUGAAUAAAGCUAAUAUAAACUGUUGCCAAAUUCAAUGUAGAAAGAAUGUGACAAACACCUUGGGUAGUUCUGUUUGUGUUUUUGCAUAUUGUAAAGGCAGUGUCACAGCUGAAAUGCCCUUUCUAAAGGUAAAUUAUUGUGGUUUAGUUGCUAGUUUGUAUUGAGAGUUGACCUCUCCCUGUGCAGUUUCUGUUCUACACUUGUAUAAUAACAGUGUGUAAAGUGUCUCCCUUCUACACUGUAACAACUGCUUCAGCCUACCUUAGAAAUAAAGAACCACUAAGAAAAAAGUC